AUGCAUGUCGUAGAACCAAACGGAGCGGAAAUCAUAGCAGCAGCAAAGCCAUGCAAGCCUAUGCACUGGAUCAGUCUGAUCAUAUUGCUUGACCAACUCCCAAGAAACUGCUUCCGAGGUGCUCAAGCUCGUGUAGCCUUCACCGUUUUCGAUAGUCUGGCUUUGGAAGUGGCUUCCAAAGCGAUUGACUCCGGUGCCCCCAUGGAUUCAGAAGUUCGCUUCCGACUGGCAUACAGAUUCUGGCUUUACAUGCCGAUGGAACAUUGCGAGAGCCUGGCAGUAGCAGAAUCGUUACACAAAGCACACUUUGACAUGUUCCGUGACUAUGAGAGGCUGCUAGAGAGGGAUGUCGAGGGAUGGGACGGUAAAUUCGCCCAGUACCGCGACGUGCUUCUCAAACGAAGGAGUGAUUUUGGGAAGCUGAAGGGUGUUAUUACUAGCAUCUGUGAAAGCAAGCUGGACGCACUUCGUCGGUUUGGGCGCUUCCCGCAGCGGAACGAGGUGUUGGGUCGCACUUCUACAGCCGAGGAGCUGCAGUUCUUGGACGGAAAGUGA